AAUUAAAUUCAGUUGGCUGUUUGCUGUGUACACUUCUCGUCGGCUGUCGCCAGCGCUCCGUUUUGAAACAGCGCUCGACACGAUGGGGAAACACCGAAGGAGAUCUGGUGAUCUUAAAACAAAAGCCCGAAAGCUCAUUUAUAAUUCGGGAUAAUGAGUUUUUGCGAUGAGAAUGAACGCCGAGUGAGCUGACCAAUCAGAGGCGAGGAUGUUAACGUCAUUUCCAUAACCUUGGCGCUCUUUGUUCCCUCUCGCAUUCCGAUUGGCCGAACGGCAGGUUGGACCAAUCACAAUGAAUGAACGGGCGUGUCGAGUGAUAAAUUAACAUUUAAUAGGAUGUCACUCAUCGCGACGUACGCCAAUCAGAUCGUGCUAUCAUCACAUGCGGCCUAAACACGUUGUUUGGCAGUACUGUGCAUAAAGUUAGCCCAGCUCAUUGAAUAAAGAACACUUGAGACGACACAGAAAUGGCGGCUGCUAGCCCAGCACCUAAUACAUAUGCAACGACAGUCAUUACCUCUUCGGCUGCCGAACAUCAGACUCGAAUGAGUUCACCACCAACAAGUAUGGGUCCAGUCACGACAAUCGCGUACAUACGAGAUGACAACAAGGCAAUAACCUACGAGAGUUUAACUUCACAAACACAGGCUCCACAGAUUGUCGAAAGCCGAAUUCAGCCAUCUCUGACCCCGCUUACAACUCCGAAUACGACACUCCAACUCACGCCUCAACAAUGGGUCGUAACAGAUCAGCAAGGAAACUCGAUCGGCUGGCCGACAAACGUCGUACCGAGCACCGCGGCAGAUAUGAAACCUGUGAUUCGCGAGGACGGUAGCAUCAUUACAUCGACUCCUAUGCAACCGAACCAGCGACCUCUUUCAAACGGCAACGUGAUUAUCGAUCAAGCACGAUGGACCACCAUAUCCCAUCCACCUAUGAACCCAGGAGAACACACACGAAUUCAAAUCAAUCCUGCCGCCAUACUUUCGGGCCCUCACGUCAACUUUGCUACGCUGAAUGGCAAUGUUCAACAGUCUACAACGCUACAACUCCCCAAUCACCCUGGCUCGCCACAGAUUCGAGAUCAAAGUCAGCUCACUAUAACUCCCGUCACCCAAGGCAUGGUUUCUAGCGCUCAAAGCCCUCUCUCGAUCGACAACACUCCGACGUCGGACGACUUGGAACGCUUUGCCAAAAUGUUCAAGCAAAGGCGAAUAAAACUCGGCUUUACACAGGCCGACGUUGGCCUGGCACUUGGGACUUUAUUUGGAAACGUGUUCAGUCAGACUACAAUAUGUCGCUUCGAGGCUCUGCAGUUGAGCUUCAAAAACAUGUGCAAACUUAAGCCGUUGCUUCAACAGUGGCUUCAGGAGGCUGAUAACACGACCGGAGCGCCAACGAACACCGAUAAAAUCGCUGCAACUGGUCGAAAACGUAAGAAGAGGACGAGCAUCGAUGUUCAAGUUAAAGGCGCGCUGGAGAAUCACUUCUGUAAGCAGUCGAAGCCGAACGCGAACGAGAUACAACAACUCGCUCACAAUCUUCAACUCGACAAAGAAGUCGUAAGAGUUUGGUUCUGCAAUCGUCGACAGAAAGAAAAGCGAAUGACCUCAGCCGUUGUCCGACCAGAGGACGGUGGAUUGCAUUCUCCACAGAGUGUCAUAAUGCCUCAUCAUCAGAUACCUGUGCCAAACAGUGUGUGAUGGACGUACAAGUUUUAUAUUUUCGGUACGUUUUACCUGUGAACAGAACUUACUUUGUCACGAAGAACAACGAUCUCGUCUCCCAAGGAACAACGCUUUCUUGGGAGAAAUUGGCAAUUAUAAUAAGCUUAGAAUGAACGGUUCACUAUUCUAAAAGAACACGUACAAUUUGGGGGGACUCAUCGACAAGAAAGCAUUGAGACUUUACCUGGGUGUCGUCUUUUAAGCUUCGAUGCUAGACGUUGGUUUACUAAACUUUGUAAAUAUAUAUUUAUAGUGUGUAGCAAGGGGUUUCCUCUACUUAAGUCAUGUUUAUAUUGUUAAGCCUGCUAGUUGUGCGAAUAGUUCGUAGGUAAUGCACGAGAACAAGGCAUUAGAACAAGCUUUCUGACGACGACAGCAUGGCCGCCUUCGUCUUCGAGAGAAAAUCUAAUGCUACCGAAUAAAUAUUUAUGCUUGCCUUUUAUUUUAUCGAGAACUAGUUGUACUUUUUAUUCAAAUAAUUAUUUACCCUGUAAGGUCAGGGAAUCGUAA